GAAAGUGAAAGUGGACGCGUGACAACCGUUUCCAACGGUGUCCGUGCGGAAAUUACAAAAAAAUUAAUUCCGCGCGGAUCUGCAGGAAACGUCAAGGGGGGGAGCGACGUUCGCAAUAAAAUGACCGAGGCGGCCCCUCGUUCGGUGGCAGUCGCAGUGCCGUGGACUCGAGCGCGGCGCGCAGAGCGGACUCCGCGUGGCGAUCGAGGAUCGACCGCUGGUCGCUGACCCCCCGGGACGCGGAGGCGAGCCGAGAACUCGGGUGGGUGACGGAUGAUCUCGCCUUGCCCGUGUCUCGCUGUGUGUCUGCGCUGCGCCAGGCUGCGCAGACGGGGAGCGGCUGGAGACAACCUCGGGUGAGAUGCCAGAGGGAAGAUCGCUGCCUGCAGCCUGUACGCGGACUUCUGCAUAUGUACAGAUGGAGAUGCCACCGCCCCCAUCUCUUGCGCGGCGGUUGCAAUUACGACUCUGGGUCCGAACACGCAACUGGACAGACGGACAGGUGAUGCUCUGGGCCGUCGCCAUCAUCUGCGCCGCUCUGUGGAGCAGCGCGGCCGCGUGCGGCAAUCUGAACAUCAGCAGGCCCGCCGCCUACCUGAGUGCAAUGGCAGACUUCCCCCAGGACUACUGCAUCGAGUCCGCGGGCCACCUCUCCCCAGGGGACAGCACGCUGGACGCUCGCUGCAUCCUGCACGUGUGGUUCUCCAUCAUGGGUGACACGCUCAGCGAGCUGCUGCGCAAACUGGACCAGGGCGGCCGCCUGUACAGGGACGUGGAGAACCUCUUCAACUACGCGAACUCCGUACAGAUCGAUUGCGUGAGCGUGAACGAGAAUACGUGCUCGCUCAGCGCGCUGGUGCACAAGGAGGCGAUCACGCCCAGCUACUUCCGCGCGCUGAUGCUCAAGUCCUUCCAGGCGGUUCGGUUCAUGAACGGGCAACCCGGCGCGGUGCCAGCUACGGUGCUUGCUCGCUGGCUGCCCACCGAGUCGGCCGCACAGCUCGGCAAGGCUUGCGUCUGCUCCGAGGUGUGCCGGCCCGCGGCAGAGACGACGUCACCGCCGGUCUCGUCCCAGACGAACGCCGCCCGCGCCGCAGGGAAGGUUGGAGAGACGGAGGUGGCCUCGGAGCGACUGUGGGGGCUGCUCGUGGUGCCGCUGGGCGCGCUGUGCGUGACGCUCGCCGCCCUGUUGUGGAGGCGGCUGGGGCGUCCAGCCCCACGCCUGCCCCCCGCCACCACAGGCCGCACGGCCCCCCCACACCGGGUCCCCCCCAAGCGCCUGCCGUUGCUCCAAACGCGCCUCGCGAGAGCACCUGACGGCCGUGCGGCUCGAGGAGCCGAGCCGCACGGCCCCGUCGGCGCAGCGGCGACCCCAGACGACGAGCAAGCGGCGAGCAGCAGCAGCGGCCGAGACGACACGUGAACGGGCGGCGAGCGCGCAGCCUUGCCUCCUCGACGUCGCGAAAUACAUCUUCGGCCGCUCUGCACGGCCUCCUCCCCCGCCGCUACCGCCGCCCCUCGCCGUAGUCUAGAGCCGAGAUGGGCAGCUCCCCCCCCCGCCGGUGGCAGCAGCCGUCCGCUGUGGUGCGGCGCGAUGGAAACGCGGUGCCGGGCCCCGAGAAUUGCGCAGUAGCCUGCCUGUA